GAUGGCGCGCCAAGCGCUCAAAUCAAUUGUGUAUCACAUACCCGUCAGCUGAGCAGAAGCGAAAGAUGGCUGCAAGCAGCAUGUGUGCGGUAGGGUGAUCUGUGUUUUAAGUGAGUGAAAUUCUCGUUUUCGAAAAUGAAUGCGCACAAUCAAGGAUCCCAGCGCUUCGCGGACUAUUUUGUUAUUUGUGGACUGAAUUUGGAUUCAGGACUUGAACCAGACAAUUUUUCAGGAGACAACUUGCAGACUACGCCUUUGGAUCGUUCGUACAAAGCACAAGUACUUGCUCAUUACCCAGACAAUGUUCCUUGGAAUCCAUUUGAUGAAAAUGCUGUUUGCAUGUUGUGCCUGCCACACGGUCUCCAGUUCCGCACACAGAAACACUGCAUUGAGCCACGCUUUCACAGCUUCAUUAUCACAAGAGAAGAUGGGAGUCACAGCUAUGGCUGUAGUUAUAUAUUUUAUGAGGAAGUUCGCAAUCGAAAAAUAUGUAGUGCCAUGCAAACAUUGCAGGCAAUGCACUUAACAGAAUUAUCAAGCAGUCAUCGUAUUCCACAAUCUCGCUCAAGAAGACAGGGUAGGCUAGCUGCUGAUGGCUCACACAAUACUCGAUCUCUUCCAAGACACUUCAAACUUUCAAUGCACCAUCCUGCAGCAGCCCAGAGCUACUAUGAAGCCGCAAAGGACACACUGUAUGCAUCAAAAAGCAUUGCUAUCAUCUCGCAGUUACCAUAUGUUCGAGCUACAAAACUUUUCCUGGAAGGGCUGUACAGAUGUGCUGUGGAACCAAAUGCUUGUAGUGUGAGCCUAGAGAGCCAUGUACACAACCUUCUAUUUGAGACUCCAUUACCACAGCCUGGUCGCAGUUUGCGUUUCUCCUGCCCAUACAGUGGUGACCCCAUUAUAGUACAACGACCGAGCUCUAUUGAGGAAUUGCCUCUGUUUGACCUGCCAAUUCGACAGCUCUUUGAACUUUUGGGAGUUGAAGGUGCUGUUCAGCUUUUCACUUGUGUGUUGCUGGAAAACCAGGUGCUUUUAUGUUCCUCAGAUUAUCAGAGGCUUAUGGUGGUAGCGGAAUCUGUAACAUGUCUGCUGUUUCCAUUCACCUGGCAACAUGUCUAUGUGCCAAUUCUACCUGCAUCUCUGCAGCAUUUCUUGGAUGCUCCAGUUCCGUUUGUGAUGGGAUUACAUAGUGGUGAAGCACAACAACGAAUUGUAUCAGAACAACAGGGAAAUCUAUGCUUUGUCGAUAUUGAUCAGAGGAAGGUGCAGCUGCCUGAGGAACUUCCAAGCUUUCCACAAAGGCAAGAGUUUAUAGUGGAAUUAGUGGAAGUGCUGAAACAAUUCAGAGUGUCAGCAGGGACAUUAGAUUUAGCCAAUGUGUCUGGUGGUCAGGGUGAUAUCAUGACAUCAAGCUGCAUCCUUCCAUCUCAGUCACAAAUCCAGCCACGCCGUAAGCACUCUUGGUCUCAUGAUUCAGAUUCUGGUGUAUCUGAUGGAUCACACUCAUCAUCAGGUUCACCUCAGUCUGAUGCACUCCAGAGAAUUGUUGCAAUUGUACGGAGCAAAGGUGUGGGAGUAGAUGAUAUUGUCGAUGGAAACCUUAAUAAUGACUGCCGUGAUCCAGAUUAUGAACUAAAUGAACAUCAACAGUACGUUGAAGACUUGCGGUUUAACAAUGCAGUCAGAGAAAUUUUUCUGAAUCGCUUUGUGAACAUUUUUUCGGCAUAUGAACAUUUUGUUAUUCCACCAAAUCAGGAUAAGGAACAGUGGUUAAGUGACAGGGAUUCCAUGCAAAACUUUGACAAAGCUACUUUCCUGGUUGAUCAGCCUGAACAACAUUUGCCCUUUCUUUCACGUUUCAUAGAAAGCCAGAUGUUUGCUACGUUAAUUGACAACAAGAUCAUGACCACUUGGAGUGAAGUGGACACCAAUCUUAGAGUAUUUGAUAGACGAAUAAGGCUUCUCAGGAAAAGGUUUGGAGAAGGUUUUGUGAGAACACCAGACUAUGAGCACUGCACUACGAUACAGGACUCUCAACUACUUCUAGAGAAGCGCCUAGCAAAUGUUGAUGUAGUGGUCUCUCCACCCCAGGAAAUUGUAACUUCGCGUGUGACUCCGAGCAGAAAUACUGGUGGUUUUCCACUCUUGGAUGCUUCGGUCCUCAAAGAGCCACCUCACAGGUUACGCAAACGAAUAACUAACACUCCUAGAUGGCACCAGAAGGAACGGCAGCUAUCGAUUGAUGGGGAUCAAUCCAUGGACAGCAUGCGUCCACCAAGAUUUGGCACAGAUUUAAGUCCUGCUCUUAUUGCUCAAACGAACUGGUCUUUUGUUGAAAAACUUCUUAAGGAUUGUAAAAGCAAGACAAAGCGCAUGUUGGUGGAGAAGAUGGGAACAGAAGCUGUUGAACUUGGUCAUGGUGAGGUCUCACUUGUAGGUGUUGAAGAAAACACGCUCAUUGCUAGCCUGUGUGACUUGCUAGAACGAAUAUGGUCACAUGGCUUACAGAAUAAACAGGGGAAGUCUGCCCUUUGGUCGCAUCUCACAAAUUACCAGGAGUUGGAGGAAUGCAACGAUACAUCAAAGCCAAUUGAUCCAAAUUUCCUCACACCAGCAUUGGCCUGGUGUGCCCUUCGGAAACGGAUUGAUUACUUAUCAUCUAUGGCACUGGAAACAGAUCUGACUCCACCCCAGACCCGAAGUCGAGAUCGGCAUAAAACAUCUGAGCCAGCGUCACCUAGUGAAAGGAAGAUAUUGGAGCAACCAAUGUUAAAACCUCUCCCUAUAUCCCUCACAUUUGAUAUGAGAAAUGUGCAAGCCAUGUCAGAUGUAAAAACACAUAUUGGCUAUGCAAGAGCAUGGGUGCGACUGUCUCUGGAGAAGAAGUUGCUCUCACGUCACUUGCGGACACUCUUGUCAGAUACUGCUCUUCUGAGGAGCCUUUACAAGAGAUAUGCAUUUCUUCGUUGUGAAGAUGAGAAGGAACAGUUCCUAUGUCACCUCCUAACUCUGAAUGCAGUGGACUAUUUCUGCUUCACAAAUACAUAUACAAAUACUAAAAUGCCGUACCGUGUGGUGAUAUUCCCAUCUCGUAAAGCUAGUGCUUCCACUACUACAGCCAACGUAUGGGUAGCAGUCUCUGGGACACUUGGAGAAACGUCACAUGUUCCUGUACCACGAGGUUCCUUGGAGUUUGUUUUUCAUCACAAGAACCUGGGCCUACUGACAACACUUCGUAUUGGGCAUGACAACAGUGGUCCAUCACCAAGAUGGAUGAUAGAACAUGUAGUAGUCAGGAAUGAAAUUGCAGGCCAUACAUAUAAGUUUCCGUGUGGUCGAUGGCUCGGUCGCGGCAUCGAUGAUGGCUCAACAGAAAGAUUAUUGGUAGGAGAACUGGUUCCCCGUCAUGUAGGGAGUGAACAACUGGCAGAGACCUGCCGGACACCGCCUCGAUGCCGUAGUCCUUCAGUGCCACGGCGUCCAUCAGAAACGCGGCCCUCUCCAGAAGAUAUACAACAGAUGCUUGGUGAUGCAGUGAACAGCAUAGUGAAGUAUUACUACCGCCGCAGAUAUGAGAAAGACCGUGGUAGGCUAACUCUGCUAUUGUGUGGAGAAAUGGGUCUUGUUUAUUGCCUUGAACAAGCAUUUUUAGUGGGUUUCAGAUCAGUUCGCUUGUUUGGAAGGAACUUGUAUCUCUGGGACUACUUUGUAAGAGCAAGAGAGAACCUCCAAGAACACGUUCAUUUAGGAGAUGAGACAGUUCUGUGUUAUUGCAACCUUGUGGACCAAGUAGAUAACUCCAGUCAGUCUCUUGGCAAGGAUGGAAAGUUUCAGCUUUUUAUAUGUCUGUGUGCAAGGGAACAUCUUCUAAGCCGCAUGCUGCAGCCACUGUCAUUAACACGCGCUACACUGGAUAUGUAUGAAGAGCAGUCUUUCCUACGGAACCCACAGUACAGGACCUUCCUCACUCAGAUUCUUCAUUCACUUGAUGAAUUUGAUAUUGUGCUGGAAAACUCGAUCACAAAGGAUAUUGGACAAUGAAGGGCCUUUGAAGUGUAAAUGUCUGCCUACUGCUAGUCCAUAUAGUGUGGAUCUCAUCUCAAGACAGUUCCUUCUCAUUAUGCAGAGAGGCCCCUUAAUUCUUCUUAUACGAGGAAAUGACUGUGAAGUAGUUUUGAAGUCAUUGUGUACCUGAUAUGUAUAUGUUUAAGGCCUGUCGUAUUUUACAUGCAGCUGGCAGUUAUGCCUGAUGUGGACAGGUCUGAAACAUAGAAAUUACUGUGAAAAUUAAAUUUAUGUAUAUGUUGUAACUGAGUAAACAAGAAUUGAUGUUUAUAUUCUAGUUACCAUUGUGAAAUUUUUUUUAUUAUACUCUGUUGUUAGUUCCUACUACAUGACAACAAUGAUUAAUUUUGUGAAUAUUAUUACUCUUUCAGUGAGUAGAUGAUGUCUUUCACAAUAGUAAUUUUGUUUGCAUUACUCAAAAAAUGUGCAUUCAUGCUGAUACUCAUUAAACAAAAAUGUCCAACUAUUUGGCAAAUAAUAAUGUCAAAAUGAACUAUUUAUGGGUGCUUUUGCUUUUAAAUUGCCAACUAAUAUUAGCACUUGAUUUGGUAGAUUUGAAAGCCAAGUAAGAAUCUCUUUCAGAAGUUUUAAGUUGUGGUUGAUUUCAAGUUGCUGCCCCUGGCAAUCUCUUAUAAGAGCUGAGGACAGUGGACAACCACUGAAAUUUUCAAGUUCUCCAGGUUCCUUAAUAGACAACUCUAAUACAUUACCAUGGGAAGUGUUACUCCAAUACAGAGAUAAAACUAUGAGUCUAGGGAUCUGUCUGAUUCUCCCCUUCCUGAUAGAAUGAGUGCUUCUCUCUGUAUCCUGGCUUCUUUCAUAAAUUAUCUUUACAUUUUAAAUGUCCCAGUGUCAGGCUACUGUGACUCUCUGUGUGUCUAUGGUAUGUGUCCACAUUUGUUUUUUGUGAUAUGAGCCUUUUUGAAAUGACACUGAUGUGUAUGGCAUCCUACAGAAUUAAAUUACUUGUAGCAGUAUAACGCUACUUUUUUUUAGGUAAUUCAAAAUUCCGAUAUGCCCUCAUACUGUUUGCCCAAGGUGCAACAAAGAAUCUGUGUUACUAUUGAAAGUACAGCUUUUUCUGAAAGUGGGACCACUGAGUUAAAUUAAAGAGUAGGGAUACAUUUGUAUAGUCAAAUGGACUGAACCAAAUUAUUUUGAUACUCAGGGAAUAUUCUAACAUCAACAAAAAAUUUGCGUAUUUCUCUUGAUAUUAUGAUUGCAUUGUGAAACGUGGUGCAGAUGUGUUCACAAAGCUAAUUUGGUUCUUUAGUGUGCCAUUCACUUGUACGCUCCUUAUUUCAGAAUGCCACAAAAAAAGCUUUCUUUGAAAAUAUUGAAUCAGGGUCCGUACAUAGAAUAAAAUGCUUCAUUGUAAAUUUCGGACAGCCAACAUAUGACAUGGAAGAUUGUUAAUUAGUUUCAUAUUUUUAUAUUGAUGAACUGACAGUUGAUACGCACAACAAAUUGUAAUUGAUAUAUUUUUUAUUUCUUUGUAAUAAUUCACAACAGAAAUUGUGUGUCUCCUAUCCCAAUAAACAUUUGAUGCCUUUUUGUUGUAACUAAUUGAAUAAGUUUACUGUGAAUGUGUUGUUAAUUUCUGUAAACUAAAAUGUAAGCUUGUUGACUUGUGGCACUUCCUACUCUCAUGUCAGAAACGUAUGUGAAAUGGAACCAACCUCUGUAUGAGACUAUUCAGAUAAAUGAUUAAUAAUAUUUGGGUCUUUGAUUACUCUUUUUGUGGCUCAGUGUAAUGAUCCAGACAGAAGUGCGUGCAUAUGUCAUAUUAAUAUGAAGAACUAAAAUGAAUUUGUACAGUCUACCCAAAUCUUAAAAUGGGGAAGGCGAGACAUACGUGAUUCACCCUUCUCUCCUUGAACAAUUCAUGCGUAAAGUUAUGAAGAGAAAUACCUGUUAUGUCAAUGCCUUUGUUUAUUUCGCACAUCCUUCCUCCCUAUUAAUACAAAAUAAUGAUUUCUUUUCUGUUUGUUAUUUUUAAUGGACAGGGAUCUUAUGUAACUGAACCCAUGAAUAUGGAAUUGUACAGAACUCUGCACUGGGAUAUAACUGUUGUUGUUUGCUAAUCAGGCAAUAAACAUGAGAGUGGUUUGUACAGGUUAAAUAUUAGUGCCUGGAGCAUCAGCUCCUAUAUUGUGUAACAUGCUCUUUCUCCUGUGCAGAUGGUAUCAGUGUAUUUCACAUUGGUGCCCAUUUUGUCCUUUCUAACAGAUGCAAUGUGUCAGAAAUGUGGAACUUAUAAUCAGUGUCAUCGUCAUAAUUGGCUUGUUUUUCUGUGUAUCGUCGAAAUAGUGACUGAUGUGAUUCCCUUAAAUCCACACCUUCCUCUCAAUUCAGCUAUUACUCACACUUUUUCUUUCAGUGUAUAUUACUGUGACUGCCCUUGGCUUGACUUUAUGUACAGGCUUAUGAGAUAGUGUUGGGUCUUUUCACUCUUCAACGUCAGAUAUGCCUUAUAAUUUUCGAGUAGAUUUCAGCACUGCUCUCUUUUUUUCUGUUGUGUUGCUGUGUGUCUGUUAUCAUACAAGAAGCAAAGAUCAAAAGUAAAAUCUAUGCAUCCAUGCAAAGAAUUAUUUUUAUUUUAGAAAAGCAUUUUAAUACAGAGACAACUUUGGGAUAUCAUUUGGAUAUUAGAUGCCUGCGUCAGAUAAGACCCGACUGGUGUAACCUGAGAUCUUUUCCCAGUAUGCCAUACACAUCACUAUAUAAAUUCUUAAUAAUAUACCAAAAUUCUUUAUUUCAGCUGUUAUGAUUUUCUGGUCACAUAGCAAUUGUGUACAAGUUUUCAGAUCUGUAUUUUGGAUAAAGUUUGCGAUAUUAAAAGUACUUUUUGUAUUUAAUACAUUCACUAGAUUCCUGUAUUUGAUGAAAUUCAUAUACAUGACUGUUCUAGAAGCCAUCAAUUUAUAUAUCCCUAGCAAAUACUCGGGACUAUGUACAAACCUUGAAAAUAAUUUUCAAGUCUGUGAUAAAAUGUAUUAUAAGGUUGAUUCACCUUUACUGAGAAGUGCAUGUUCAUUCCACAAUCAUCAAAUCAUUGUUUGAUAAUAUCCAUUUUUCCCCUCUGUACAUGCCAUGUCUGUGCUUUACUUGACGUAUUUCUUAUGGAAAUAAGUAUGUUUUUAUGACAGCUUUACAGUGAACGUGUUUAGUAAAAGAUUUUCUAUUUAUGAGAAUUACAUUUAUCAAAAUAGAACUGUGUCCUCUAUUAAAUACUCUAGCUGAGUAAAUUCUACUUGCAUUUACAAUGCUGAGUUAAAGCCAUACAUUAAGAUACAGAUAGCUUUAAAAAUUAUUGUUAUGUAACAGAAAGGAACAGUGUAUCAUCCAUAUCAUUCUUCUAUUUGAUUCUUAAAUGUACACUUUUAAAAUAUAAAAUUUGGAUGGCAUCAUUUCUCCCAUUAGUAUUCUUUGUGAAUGUUGUACAUGUACAGUGUCUAAUAAAUUUUAUGUCAUUUCACAACAAA